AUGAGUCCCAAUGUUGUAGAGAAGGCAGAAGUGCAGCAGCUGAUGAACGAGUUAUUCAACUUUACGUACGACAACUUCGUUCGAAGCAGUGAUCGGAUGCACGCCUUCAAGCUGGGACGACCAGCUCCUAAGAUUGGAGACGUUGAUCGGUGCGCAGUGUACAUAUCACUGGCACCAAGUAUGGAGAAUCCCACAGGAGUGGACCCGCCAGAGGACGACGCUGCUCGGUGUCCUCAAUACACCAACAGCGAGGAAGAGCAGAACCGUCCCGCCCCGACCACCGAGGACAGAGUGGCGGGGAAAAGGCCCCUGGUGGCGGAUCCGUCCCCUGCGGAGGCGCUGCCAGCAGAGAGCAGCCAGGCGCUGAAGCGUCGUCGGCUCGUUAGGAUCACUGAUGACGACGACGAGGAGGAGGAGGCCGUGCCUUCCUUGGUCCAGAGGCCGCGCAGUCAUCUGGAUGUUGCGCCGGUCACUGGCGACCGGCGUUUGACAUUGGUAAGAUGCCAUGUAUCUGCUAGUGCGGCGUCUGACGUUGAUCCCGACAACGUCGCUGGGCAGAGGACAGCCGAGCCGGCGGCUGUCGUCGGGGACACCGCGCAGCAGACCGCCCAGGAACAGCCCGAGGAGCAGCCCGCGGCGACGACCGUAGCUGAGAGUGCCAUGGAGCAACCGGCUCCGGCGAAGACCCAAGCGAACACCCCUGCAGGGGAUGAAGAGGCUGCGAGGGCGCCUCCCCCGAGCAGUGCUGCAGAGGAAGAGGACAAAGUUCCGACUCCCCCGCCUGCUGAAGAAGGGAGGGUCCCAACCCCACCCUGA